AUGCCUGCUGCUACCGCUUCUUCUAUUCCUUCUCUUGCCUCUCUCAAGGGCCCUGUUGACGAAAUAUAUCAUCCCUUCGGCCAUCUCUACACGCGCAUAGCUGCGUUCGUCAGCACACAAGAUCGUCCUUCUGUCGGCAUGAUCGAGCAAAGCCUUUGCCAUCACCUCCAGAUGCUGCUUACCGAAUAUUACCGACUCAUUGCCGUUCUAGAGUCUCAGAUGGGCAACACAUUCAACUCAGCUCCAGGCUCGCAAUCGGAUACUGUAGCAGGAGAGGAGACUGGCCUCACCCUUAAACGCCUCGAUGUUUGGAUAACAGAAUGGCGUCUCCGUAUGCGCAUGAUGAGCGUUUGUGUCAAGGGUGCCUGCGAUGUUUAUCAGGUACAGUUGUCACGAUUCGGAUUGGGUAGCAACGAGGGAGAAGAUGAGCAAUACGGGCGGAACGAUAUCGCAGGAUUGGAACACAGUAUCGACGGCGCAUACAGCACCGCCUCUGCUCGCCUGUUUGAAGUCUUCACAGAGAAAUUCCACCUCCUCGACUCUGCCGCUCUUACAGCGCAGCUCACGGAAAUUACAAUCCACCAAUCCCUCUCCCCACAUCCAAACAUCGUCACACUUCACCGUACAGAGAGCAAGACUCCUCCUACACCCUCGCUUCUCGCCACUCUUGCUACAAUGAGCAAUUUGUUUAGCUUCAAAAUAAGUGUCUUCGUCAUUUACUUUUUCCAUGGUCAAUGCCCAAGCUACUGA